CAUGUCUGAUGUGUCAAACAUAUUUUAGGUUUCGCCUCCACUCUCUUUCUCGUCUUUGUUCUGCUGCGUCUUCUUCAACCCUGGCCUAGGGUUUAUGCCGCUUAAACCCUUCUUCUCUUCAAGCUCAUAGACCAGGUUUGUUGGAGGUGUCAAAAUGCUUGUUCUGUUUGAAACACCUGCGGGUUUUGCCCUAUUCAAAGUUCUGGAUGAAGGCAAACUCUCUAAAGUUGAGGACUUGUGGAAGGAUUUCUCAAGUGCAGACAAGGCUAGACAGGUGGUCAAGCUGAAAGCCUUUUCUAAGUUUGAGAAUACUUCAGAAGCUCUAGAGGCAGCUACUUUGCUGAUUGAUGGAAAAGCUAGCAAGGGUCUGCGCAAGUUCCUUCGCGCUCAUUGCGAAGAUGAGAUGUUAGCUGUUGCUGAUUCAAAGCUCGGGAACAUGAUUAAGGAGAAAUUGAAAAUUGAUUGUGUUCACAACAAUGCUGUUAUGGAGUUGAUGAGAGGGGUUAGAAAUCAGUUAAAUGAACUCAUAUCUGGUCUUGCUGUUCAAGACAUGGCCCCAAUGAGCUUGGGUUUGUCUCAUAGCUUAUCCAGAUACAAGCUCAAGUUUAGCGCAGAAAAGGUCGACACCAUGGUUGUUCAGGCUAUAGGCUUACUUGAUGAUCUUGAUAAGGAGUUGAAUACAUACGCCAUGAGGGUUCGAGAAUGGUAUGGUUGGCAUUUUCCAGAGCUUACCAAAAUCAUUCAGGAUAACAUCCAAUAUGCUAAGGCAGUCAAAUUGAUGGGUGAUCGUGUUAAUGCUGCACAGACUGAUUUCUCUGAGACUUUGCCAGAAGAGGUUGAGGAGGAGGUGAAGGAAGCGUCUGUGAUAUCUAUGGGAACUGAAAUUGGUGAGCUUGAUUUGAUGAAUAUUAAGGAGCUUUGUGACCAGGUUUUGUCUCUUUCAGAAUAUAGAGCUCAACUCUAUGAUUAUCUGAAGAGUAGGAUGAACUCCAUUGCACCCAAUUUGACUGCUCUUGUUGGGGAGCUUGUUGGUGCCCGCCUCAUUGCCCAUGGUGGCAGCUUAAUAAAUCUGGCAAAGCAGCCUGGUAGUACUGUGCAGAUUCUUGGUGCUGAGAAGGCUCUCUUUAGGGCACUUAAGACCAAGCAUGCUACUCCCAAGUAUGGUCUUAUAUACCAUGCAUCCUUGAUUGGUCAGGCAGCUCCAAAGCUUAAGGGGAAAAUUUCCCGGUCACUUGCUGCAAAGGCAGCAUUGGCUAUCAGGUGCGAUGCACUUGGAGAUGGUGUAGAUAACACCAUGGGAUUGGAAAACAGAGCCAAGCUUGAAUUACGAUUGAGGAAUCUUGAAGGAAAGGAAUUAGGUCGUUUCGCUGGUUCUGCUAAAGGGAAGCCUAAGAUAGAAGCAUAUGACAAGGAUCGAAAGAAAGGAGCCGGAGGACUGAUUACCCCAGCUAAGACAUAUAAUCCUUCAGCUGAUGCUGUUAUUUCACAAAAAUCUGAUUCUGCAAUGGAUGAAGAUACACAUGAGCCUUCUGCUGAUAAAAAGAAGGAAAAGAAAGAAAAGAAGAAGAAGAAAGAGAAAAAUGAAGAGAAGGAUGUGCCUUUGCUGGCUGAUGAAGAUGGUGAUGAGGAAAAAGAAGUUGUGAAAAAGGAAAAGAAGAAAAAGAGGAAGGAAUCUACUGAGAAUGUUGAGUUGCAGAAUGGGGACGAUGCAGGAGAAAAGAAGAAAAAGAGGAAAAAGCAUGCAGAGCCGGAAGAGUCAGCUGAAAUGCCAAGCAAAAAGAAAGGAAAAAAGAAGAAAAGCGAGGACUGAAGUGGAAUAGAUGUUGUUUCACCAGCUAGUCAAUCUGGUGACUGGCAACCAUUUUUGUCUGCUUCUGGAGCUCUGUAGUUUAUGGGUACUUUUUUUUUUGUUUAUUUUGAUGCAAUUUGUAGCUGUAUACGUUCUAAUUUGUUUCUUUAAUGGGAUAUCUCGUCUUUAAAGACUUGGGUUAGAUUAUUUGAUGUUUUCGUGUUUGUGAAUGGUAAAUGAUGGUGCUGAACCCUUUGUUCUAUUACACCACCUUUCUGAUCCAA